ACCUAGCGGGGCCCCCAAGGUCAAGAUGGCUGCAGUUAAAGAAGUCUUAAAAUCAGUCCUCGUUUCUGCUCCAGGGAAGGUCAUAUUACACGGGGAGCAUGCUGUAGUCUAUGGAAAGACAGCAAUAGCAACUAGUGUUGAUCUACGUUGCUACCUCUUGCUGUCUCCCAGGGCCACUGGAGACGUCAAACUGAUCCUUCCGGACAUGCAACUGACCCAAACAUGGCCAAUUAGUGAGCUCAAGAAAUUACUCAGCCAGAGAAUUGAAGGUACAGAUGAUGAUAACUUGCAAAUCUUGAAAAGGUUUUGCAAUGUUGGUGAGAAUCCUUCAAUGAAGAGUCUUGCCUGCCUUGUAUUACUCUAUUUGCUAACUAAAAUCCUACACCACAAGAUGGCCACCCUUACAGGGAUUGAUAUACUAAUUUAUUCUCAAUUACCUUUUGGUGCUGGCCUCGGGUCAUCAGCUGCCUACUCCGUUUGUAUUGCAGCUGGACUUUUAACUUGCUGCGGAGCCAUUACUGUUAAUAAAAAAGAAGCUAACAGUGAUAUAAAAAGUCAUAAUUUACCUGAAAUGAUGUUAGAAUAUAUCAGAGAGAGAGGAGAAGGAGUGUUACUUACUGAUGCUGUAAGCUCCUGGGGUGAGUAUGCCAAGGAAGACUUGGAGUUGAUAAACAAGUUGAGCUAUGAGGCAGAGACUCUUGUCCAUGGGACACCAUCAGGGAUUGAUAACUCUAUCAGUGUAUUUGGAGGUGCAAUUAAAUUCAAGAAUGGGGCAUUUAAACAAAUAGACAAAAUGCCUUCACUAACAAUAUUACUUGUUUACACUAAAGUACUUCGGAAUACCAAGAAGAUGGUCGCCAGAGUAAGAGACCUUCAUGACAAAUAUCCAUCAGUGAUAUCUCCUUUGUUAACUUCAAUUGAAGAGAUAGUACUUAAAUCAGAGACUGUGCUAGCAAAACUGGCAUCAUUGAGCGAAGGAGAACCUAACAAUGAAUUAUACUCCACAUUACAAGAUUUAUUUACAAUUAAUCACCAUUUACUCAACUCAAUCGGCGUUGGUCAUGCAUCAUUGGAUAAAGUACAUCACAUGACCUCUGAGAUUGGUCUAGCUUCAAAGCUGACAGGCGCUGGAGGAGGAGGGUGCGCCAUUGCUCUUAUACCACCUGGGUUUUCUAGUUCUCAUCUGUCAGAGGUCAAAGGUCGUUUGGAAGAGUCCGGAUUCGAAUCCUGGGAAACCAGUAUUGGUGGGAAUGGAGUCAGAGCUCACUGGAUUCAUUAAAAUCUUAAUUUAUUUUAUUCUUAUUUAUUUUUAAUAAUA